AGAAUUCAGCCCUUGCGAAAAUUCACCGUUCUCCCCGUCUCGUUCUCCGACGAUGCUAGCGUAUAGACUCAGUGUAUUAGGACUAAUAGUCGUGUCGUUGUGCGUCCUUAGCAGCUACUGCACCUCGGAGACGGCCGGAUCUGACGGGGAGACGACUGCAGAUGACGUACCAGUGAAAGAAAACUCCGAGAAGGGAUCAGUAGGCGGUGGUAAAACUCAACCAGAGAAGCUGGUCGUGGCCUUUGUACCUGACUACCCGUCCAAGAUUGUCCAUCCUGGGAUGCUGGCUAAUACGACCCACUUCAUAAUGUUCUAUGCGUCGUGGUGCUCUCAUAGUGACUCAGCCCUCCCGCAUUUCAAGGACACUCUACAGCACGUGGUCGACCAGAACAUCACUGGACUCCAUCUCGGGAAGAUCGAGAUCAAUAAAAAUCCAGGUAUUGUCAAGAAUUUCAAGAUUCGAUCAACCCCAACCUUUAUCAUGUAUCAUCGCGGUGCCAGAUACGUGUACAGUGGAGAAUUGUCUUCUCGUCAUCUCGUCGGCUUCCUGCACAGAGUCAUGGCUAUAAACCUGGCAGAGGUUUCAUCGGUGCGAGAGCUGUCGGAGGUACAGAGAGACCACCCAGUGGUCUUCCUGGUGGUCUACGACGGUCAGACCGACCCGGACUGGCACCACACCUACUCCACUGUGGCACAGGAGAGGGGACUACUGGCCAAGUUCGUCUUCACCACAAAGACUGAUCUGGUGCAGGAUCUCAAUGUGACAAAGUUCCCCACACUGCUGGUGAUGAAAGAUGGAGGUGCCCAUAAGUUCUCAGAUUCACUGUCCACCCACAACAUUGGCAAAUGGGUCUCACGUGAGAGACACCCCGCGUUCCCCAAAGUGAACGAGGAGACUUUUCGACCGUUCACUAACUUAGUCCUAGGGUGUAAGUUGGUGGUACUGCUGGUCCACGAUGAUCUCAAUCAGCAGAGAAUCACAGAGAAGAGACUGAUUGACACUGUUAGGAGAGUGGCUGAAAGCAGAAAGGUGUUCCCUCAGUACCAGUUUGUACAGCUGACCAGUGUACCACUGGCUGAGAGGAUUCUUCAAUCACCGGUUCCUGAGGUGCCGAGUCUCUUUAUCUACGACCCACUUACCGGACAGUACUACCCCUUCCAGUCAGGAGAUGAUGGUAAGGGAGUGACAGAGGAGGGCAUAAAGGACUUCUGUAAGGCCGUGAGACGAGGGAAAAUAGAGCCUCUAGGUGGUGGCAGGUCAGUGUGGACCGUUUUUGGAUCUUGGUGGACAAGACUGCACACCGUAUACCAGGCAAUGACGAUCCACCACCCCUGGCUGUCAGUGGGUGCAGGGUUCAGCCUCUGCUCCGUUGCUGUCUUCUACACCGUCACCUGUCUCAGACGACCUCUGACCCCACGGCCGGGGAGAGGGCGGAGGAACGCACAGGCAUCAGCUGCUCGAAGUAAGGCAAGGAGACGGCAAAUGAAACUGGCUGCUGAGCAAGGCGCCGAGCAGCGUAAUGGCAGUGCCGUGAGAAGACGAACAAAGCACAAACAAGAAGAGAAGGAAGAGGGAGAGGAGGGGGCAUUAAAUGGAGAGUCGGAACAAGAUUCAUCACAUGACAGUAGCGAUGAUACUCAUCAUAAACACAACUCAUAACAACUAAAUUUAGAAUCGAUCUGACCAUCAAUUUUUACAAUAAUUUGGUGCUUUUUACAUGACUGCUGUUGUAGACAUAAAAUUUCUGAUGACACAACAUUGACAUAAUAUUAUCUUAGUGACAUCAUCUGGUGACAAUGUUUGCAAUGUGUCUGUGAGGUACCACAAUCACCCUCCCCACCUCUCCCUCUUCCCCUAUCUACUAGCACUCCUCCACGGCACCCUCACCACCUCCCUACUCAGGUCCUCCGAGUCCACCAGGUGGCUUGGCAGUGAGAGGACGGCUCGUUUUCUACCAUUCACCUGCAGCAGUAUAGAAUAGUGGUCACACGUAUAUAUUGGCUAUCCACGACAAAAAGACUAGUAGUUUAGGAAAACGACAAAACUUGCCGAUCUACAAAACCUUAGUUUGUCAUGCAAUUCCCCCUGAA